GUCUUCUCCUCCGGCCCCUCUUUCCAUUGCUUUCCCGCCUCAAUAUCUAUUCGGCAUUCAUUGUCGACCCCUCUCAUACGACGAAAUCGCCCACGAACGUUUCACGAAUUAAUUUGAGUGCUACAACAUGACAAAUUCCCUCGAGAGUUGGAAACGUGUUCCAACUACAUCUUCCGUCCUAUUCGGCAUCGACCUCCCUUACCGCCCUCCCAAAAAUUCAAUUGGCCAAUUUCUAUGGCGCAGACGCAUGUGGCUGGAAGUCACUACCGGGCUGUCUCUUCUCGAACCUUGGGAGAAAGUCCUCGUGCUUGCCGUAAUCUAUCUUUUGCUGACACUCGUAAUCACUGGGGUGUAUAAAUUCGCACCCCUGGAAGUGGCCAACCUAUACCACCGACUGUUAUAUUAUUUCUUCGGGCAGGAAGCAGACGAGGGUAGGGCUAUCCAACGCGCCAUGGCCGAUUUAGUGUUGCGAAAUAUCUCCGGAGAGUCGUGACGUCUACUGCUGACGCCCGGGCAUUGCGAUUGUUGUAUCAUAUACCUGUAUCCGUUGAGUCGGGAUUCCCAUAGUGUAUUCAUCUUAUUAAUGUACUCAUAUCGGAUCCGAGUUCGAGUAACGAUUGAUGCGUUAUGUACACUCAAAGUUCGUUGACCGUUAGAAUUCAAUUCCUGGCUCCUCCGUGAUGUCAUACCAAGAAGCGGUGCGAAAUGUUCCAACCCUGAUUCGACCAUGCUUCG